CCGACGGAGAACUCCGGUGUGAAUCCGUCCGCCGUCGUAAGCGCGAAGCACGAGAGCGUCGGCCAUUUUUAUCGAGCGUGCUUCUCCGCGUCGUGUCAAGAUGAAGAUCGGGUUGUGCGCGUACAGCGGGUACAAGAUAUACCCGGGCCAUGGCAAGACCAUGGUCAAAGUUGACGGAAAGACUUUCACCUUCCUCAACUCGAAAUGCGAGUCCGCUCAUCUGAUGAGGCGAAAUCCUAGGAAAGUGACAUGGACCGUUUUAUACAGGCGUAAACACAAGAAGGGUCAGGAGGAAGAGCAGACCAAGAAGAGGACGAGGCGCACGCAGAAGUUCCAGCGUGCCAUCGUCGGCGCUUCUCUCACAGAUAUCUUGGCUAAACGUAACAUGAAGCCAGAGAUUCGCAAAGCUCAGAGGGAUCAGGCGAUCAAGGCUGCGAAGGAACAAAAGAGAGCCGCGAAAGCAACGAAGAAGGCUGUUGCUCCUCCGAAAGCGAAACAAGCAGCAAAACAGAAGGUUGCCAAGGUGACGCAAAAAGCUGCACCUCGCGUUGGAGGAAAACGUUAAAGUCUGUAGCUAUAUAAAUAAAGUAAAAUAUAAUUCCA